ACAGAUAUUUUAAUGUAUACAUAUGUAGCAUACACUGUAUGUUAAGACAUUAAUUUCAAAGCCAAAGAUAUGGAAAACCUUUCUGUACAUUGUUGAAUGAUUAUAAUCUGUUAUACAUAAACAUCAGGAGUUGUCUUUACAGUUAAUAAUCACUUUAUUCAACCAAAGAAAAAAACUCCACUCCACAGUCAGUUUUCUCGUGGAAUCCAAAGUGCGGCCAGUGUGACUUCACACCAUUUUAUGGUCUUCUGAUAAAAGGCAAAGGAUUCCACAGGAUUGGACUUCAGGAAAAAAACACUGUACACCAAAUGUCAUUGCAAACCUCACAUGCAUCGACGCAGAACAAUCAGAAGGUCUGAUAUUUCAAAGAAAUGAAUGAUAGUAAAGAACAAAAGAGCAAUGAGGAGAAUGAAGAGAGAGAUGGCAAGGAGUCAAAAACAAUUCUGGGGAUCUUUACGAGAGAGCAGUUCAUCAUGUUAUGUAUUGGGAUUGGUCUGAUUCUACUAUUAAUCAUCAUUGUUAUACCCUCAGUUAUUCUGACCACUCGUUCAGAUGGUUCAGUCAAAAUGGAGCCUUUCCCAUCUGAUGGAGAUAUGCUUGACUUUCUUCUCCAAACUGGAAAAAUUAGAGAGAAAGAUGGUCUGUACGCAACCUGGUAUCACGCGGCCAACAAUAAAUCUGAAAUGAUCAUGGCCCUGAACAGUGAUGUUAUGAUCCUGGAGGCUGAUGUGAAUUUAGAAGGUCAUAACACAGCUAAUGAAACAAAUAUUCCCAUCAUGGCUCAUCCACCGGACAUAUACAGUGACAACACUCUGGAAGAUUGGCUGGAUGCUGUACUCAAAACAAAGAAAGGAAUAAAACUAGAUUUUAAGACUAUUAAUGCAGUGGAACCCUCACUGGAGCGGCUGAGGGUGAAAAACCAGACAGGAAUUAACCGGCCUGUGUGGAUAAAUGCAGAUAUUCUUCCUGGUCCCAAUGUCCCUAACUCAUGGCCGGUGAUCAAUGCUUCUGAAUUUUUUGGACUCAUUGAGGAGAUAUUUCCUGAUGUCACCAUCUCUCCAGGAUGGAAGGUUCUUUACCUCUCCAUCUUUCCAAAUGUGACAUACACUCGCAGCAUGGUGGAGCAGAUGUACUCUACUGUCAGACACCUCUCUCAGAAGAUCACUUUUCCCGUCCAUGCUUUGAUGGCCAAGAAUGGGUGGCCACAUCUGAGCUGGCUGCUUAGCCAGUCUUCAAGGUUCAGCUUAACCCUCUGGCAAGGUAAGGAGAACCCCACUGUAAAUGAUCUUCUCUUCAUCAGAGACAACAGUAACCCUCAGCGUAUCUUUUACGACAUCUACGAGCCUGUGCUGUCGCAAUUCAAAGAAGCUGCAAAGCAGAGGAAAAGGCCCAGAAGAUUCUAUCCGGGUGGAGACAUAGUUGACUAUUUCAACCCUGUGAACGAUGAUGGGCUCAACAUUCAGUGGGAGAAAGUGAUAAACAAAGAUUCUUUGAUAUCUUUGCUCAGAGACAGCCACGGAGGUAUGCUGGUGAUUCCAGUUUUUUCCAGGACAGGCCAACCAAAUAUUCCUGUCGUUCAGGGCUCCCAACCUGAUCUGCUUCUUCAGGACUGCCUGGAUCUAAUUCUUGCCUCCAAGAAGCCAUGGGGACUCUAUGUGAGGAUACAAACCCAGAGUCAGCUCAUCCCAACACUGAUGCUUCUCCGAAAAUUCUAUGACAAGGAUUUUCUGCACCACCCCACUUGGGUCAACAUGGACAUAGCCCAUGGAGCUUUCCAUAUCCAAGGUUACAUAACAGGAGAGGAGUUCUUGAGAUUGAUUGAUGAAAUCUUUCCAUUUGUGACUCUGGCUCCUGGUUGGCCUAAAGAGGUUCUUGAUCAAGGUUACACAGCAGAACUGGUGGAUGACAUGGUGAGGCUCUUUCAUGGAUCUUGGCAACAAGUUUCACUGCAGCUGCAGGCUGAGGUCCUAGACAGGUCUGUGGAUGGAUGUAGGAGCCUUAUGCAUGCUCAGUCACGAUUCUCACUUACUCUGGAGCAUCAGGCAAAUGAAAGACACCUUAAUACGGGGACUACGAGCUUAAUGUCUGUCAGAGCAGGAAAUAAGCAUCAGAGCUACUACAACAUGCCUGAUAAAUACAGAGAACAUAUAGCAAGGCUGUCUGUUUAAAAUACAUUAUCAGAGCAUGACAAAUGGGAAGUUUCGUGCAAAAAAAACAGCAAUGUGUGGUUCCUUUAAAUGUAGCUUUUUACUCUCAUUGACUAGAUAUGUACAUUAGGUCUGAAAACCUGAAAUUGAACCUGUACAGAGAUUUAAUAUUUUACAAAGUUUAAUAUUUAUAUAGUUCCAGUAAAACUUUACAAAAAGGUUGCAUUUGUUAACAUUAGAAAAUGCAUUAGCUAAAAUGGACUGACAAUGACCAAUGAUAUAGUUUGAGCAUUUGUUAAUCUUUGUUAAAGUUUUUAAUGCAGAUAAAAUUGUUCAUGAUGAUUCACUGAGUUAACUAAAGUUAACAGUUACAACUUUUAAUGUAUAAAAAUGUAUUUCUGAAAUUGACAUGAAAAUGAAGAUUAAUAAACACUGUAGAAGUAUCAUUCAUUGUUAGUUUGUAAUCUUAUUGUACAUAGGCUUAAUACCUUUAUAAACUUGUAAGGUUUUAGAAAUGCAGUAUAUAAAUAGAAAUAUACAGUAAACAUGUAUCUUUUUAACAAAAAAGCUUUCUCUUUUAAGUGUUCCAACUUAGCUCUGUGUACUGUGGUAGGCUAUAUGAGACAUUUGUUUUUUGAUUGCACUUAUACUC